AUGGCUCAAACACGCUCAAUCGCACAGCAGCUGACGCGCGCAGCGCUCCCACUCGUGCGCGAACACGGCUUCACCGCCCAAACCCUCCUCGCCGCCUCUUCAUCAGUCCCGGCGGCGCCAAAACCUCUCACGGAGCACACGCUGAACGCCUUGUUCCCGUCUCCACCCAUCAAGACGCCGUCCGACUUUUCCGUCAAGGGCCUGCUGAUCGGGAACGGCGGGAAACGGUCCUACACUCGCCAGGAGCUCAUCGCUCUCGCGCGCGGCGAGGGGACGGCGCCACGGGGUAGGGAGCGGACAGGUCCGGCGAAGGCGCUCGUGGAGGAGUGGCUCAGGGAGGGCAGGGACGUCAUGGUGAGGCGAGUGCGGGAGAGUGGCCUCAAGGGCGAGCAGGCGAUGAGGCUCGGCGUGCGGGAACGGCUGCGGUACAACGAGGACGUGUUGGACAGGCUGCCACAGGCCCUAGCCCUUCUCACCGCUCCCUCCUCGACCUAUCUCACCGACCUCUCCGCCAUGUUACCAGUACCCAGUCCCGGCCAGCACCUCUACCACGUCGCACAAAUUGCACAGGACCUGGCGAAAGCGAGUGCGAGUGAGGCGCAAGGGACCGCAUGGUACUCCCUCCGCCUCCGCGUCUCGACCAUCUACGCCCUCUCCGAACUCUCCCUCCUCGCUCCCUCUCCCUCCCUCACGCCCUCAGAACGCCUAGCAGCCGCCAUCGACUACUCCGACCGCCUUUUCGACCAGAUGGCGAGACUGGGACAGGAGGUGGACAAUGUUGGGUUGUUUGCGGAGUGGGUGACGAAGAGUUGGGUGGGCAUUGCGAGGAGCAAGUUUGCGUGA